AUAUGAGGCAAAACUGGAAAACAACAGAACUUUUCUGGUUCUUUUAACGAAGGUUUGAUAGCAACCUUCUGUCGCGUGGUUAUACGUUACUCUCUUGCUGACAGAAAUUCCACUUGGUCUGGAUGGGUGGCGAACGUGUAUUCUCUGUUCAUGUAACCGUUAACCGAGUGAAUGGAUAAUGGGAACUGCGACACAAUCGAAUAAUAAUAUUAAUUAUUGAUACUUCAUGUGGAAUUACUAUCAUCCAAGUAAAUGAAAUGCUUUUUUUAUUUAUAUCUUUCAGGUAACGACACUGUGUAUUUAUGUCCUGUAAUCACACUCGACUUCAACAGCGCCCUCCACGGCGAUGGAGCGCCCAUCUAUGGAUGAGAUGCAACCUUUACCAGCAAAUGUCAAGGACGAUGGACCUGAUGAGCCUAGUCCAUCUUCUGAAACUCGACCGUCGAGACCUUGUGAUUUAUCUGAUACACCCCCACAUAACAGCAAUAAGUCCUCACCAACAAAUGAAAACAAACCACAAGACAGUAGUCCGACGCACUCGUCACCCUACGGGAAUGUGUCUCUAGAUGCAUAUGCCAAAUCGCAGAAAGGUCAAGGAAGUCCGCAGUCCCAGAAGACAGGACCGGAUAAAGAUGAGUCUAAACCUCGACGAUGGCGAUGGUGUAAUCCAGUCCAUAUCUGCCUAGUUCUGGGAAUGGCAGUAGCGACCGGAAGUGUAGCCAUGACUGUGUGCGGAUACAUGUCCUAUCAAAUUGCCUUACGAACAGUUAUCGUAGGAAACGAGACAAUAACAACGAUUGAUAACGAAUUACAGAAAGACAUCGAUAAAUUCAGAACGUUUGGGCCCGUCCUUAUAGGUCUCGGGUCAUUUAUAUCAAUGUGUGCAUGUGUUUUAAUGUGCGAAGCACGGGACGAUAAGAAAAGAGAAGCAAGGAAACAACUUGCGGACGAUGAAGAGGACGAAGAUUAUAUGACCAGACAAGAACACAUGUAUGCCUUGCAGCGCGAGGUCAUGGAAUGUGAAGCCAGACAUAAGAGUUGUCCUCUGUAUCGUGAGGCGCUGGUUAGUCAACACGCAAGACAUCUUGAAGAAGUAGCUUACGCGGAUGAAUCGUCACAUAGUUCACCCGUAGUUCUGGUGCAUGGACCAAGUUUAGCAGAAGAGAAACGACGAAAUGAUUCACAGGAGUCCAAUGAGAGCGAAGCAGCUAAAGUAACUCUACUACGCGAACCUCCGAAAAUAGAGACGACGGACGUGACUAGUAUACCGACAUGUUCAAACUAUCUAGGACCAGAGACUGAGGUAGAAACGUCCUUCACUGCAAGCCCACGGACAACUCGAAAGGGCAUUAUUUCGGCUUCGCCUCCAAUUCAUCCGAAACACGCCAAACCUGAAAGACCGUCCAACCUUCCACCAAUCAAGUCAAGAAGUGUCAAUGGUCCUAUUUCAUUUCACGGUGUUCCACCUGCACCGGGUGUGUGUCUUUGUGGUGAAGAGCCCACUAGGACGCCCUCUAAGGGUGGAAAGACAAAACGAGCUAAACGAGGCACCGAACGAAAGAAAGACAAAACUAUUGAAAACAAGACUACAGGGUCGGACUCGGGGUCAAUAAAAAGUGUGCCGAAAUCUAGUAAAAGCGUAGCUUCACAGAAUACAGAUCUAGUAACACACGUUAAUCCUUUGCAUGAUAUUCCACUUGACAGUUUUCCUAGUAGCCAGAAGUCGCCUCACCGGACACAGACAAUGGACAAGCAUAGACCAAAAUCUACUGGUAUCGUAUUGUCAAGUAAUCGAUCAGGUGCUACUGCUUCGUUAGUACCCGUAGAAACACCACUAGAGAACCGGUUGACCAGCUCGAAAGCAAGUAAGACACAUGUUCAUAAAAACCCAGGGAGUGACCCGGAAGACGUCUGGGUCAAGCAACAGACACGUGACCUGCCAAAUAAUAAUAAUGACAUGAGUGGCAGUGACAAGAUUACUUCUCAAACUGACGUAGGUGGCGCUAUUAGCAAUCCCGUUCCGGACACAAUGAUUAAUAUCAACGACAGAGCGUGUGAUAGCAACUCAAAUGUUCCUUCUAUGUCUUCCAUCCAGCUCUCACCUAAAGCGACUCCCUCCAACGCCGUGUAUGACGUCAUACAUGCAAAAUCACCGCAUGCGCAUUCGUCAAAAAGUGAAGUUGUUUUAUGAGAGCAACGCUAUAUAAAAUGGACGCAGUGUAGAUAACGAUUUUGUAAGAAGUUUGUAGGUAAUAAUUAUGUGAUUUUUCUUAAAUUUUACACAUCACUGUGAGAAAAACAAAAUGAUUAUCCAUUUUACUAUUUUACAUUCCGUUAUUUUGAUCAUGACAGUGUUUUGGGUGAUAUUAAGAUACGGACAUCAUACAUAGCUAUUAUCACGCUCAUUGCAAAUGCCAUUUUCAUUUUAGGUAGAUAAGUAUGUUAACUUGAAGAGAAGCAUGUAUACCUUCUAUCCAUCAGACCAUGUAGACUUAGAUUAUAUUCUGAAACCCAUUCAUUCUAGUGCAAGCUUUGAUAUAAAUAAUGUGGUUUAUCUUUAUGGAUAGUACAUAGCACAGAGCAUGAAUCCAUCAUCAAAUCCAUCGCACUCAAAAUCUUAAGUUAUAAAUGCAAUCAUUUUUUUUCAUUAUGACAAUGGAACUAAAUAAAAAGAAGAAUAAAAAAACGAAAUUCGGUGAAAGAAAAUGUAACAAUUUUGGACUCCUAUUAUUGUUUUUGUGUUAGCAUAGACUUCGGCUAUAGAUAAACCAGAGCUAAGCUUAUGAUCUUAGACUUCCUGUAUUCCAGCGUUUGUAACAUUUAGUUUACAUGGUUAAUCACCGAUAACCUUUCCCUAUUCUAACCAUGCUUUUCAUAUUAUUAAAGAUAUUGGGGGAGGGGGUAGUCAUCUUCGACUAAUAUGUUUGGACGAUAUGCUUUGAAUCAAGUGCACUGGUAGUUGGUGCUAUAUCGGGCACAUCUCUUACCAUUUUGCAUAUUGGCUACUCAUUCUUGUAUCGUAUUCAUGAUGAUAUAGAGUGGAUAUAUGUUAGUAAACGGUUCGAUUUAAAAAAAUAUAUAUUGUGUAGGAUUCAUCUAAAAUUUCGAUUUUCUUAUCCCAGAAAUUUUGAGUAAAUUAACGUAGGUUUCAAGCACUUUUAAAUCUAUUAAAAAAAACAUGUGCAAACGACAACUGCUGUUAUUCAUUUAUUUACUUGAAUUUUUUACAAAUCUUUAUCCAGAAUAUAAUUUUCAGUCCGAUACAAAAGAACAUUAAAUGUCGAUAAUACUAUAGAGCAACAUUCUUUCAUUUUAUUUUCGUUCGAACCCUAAUUAUGAUAUCAAAACCAGGGGAGCGUUUCAUGAAAUGACUUGUCGGACGUUUUAUCCGACAUUUACCAUAGUAACAAUGCUUCUCAGCCAAUCAGAAUCAAGGAACGUUGUCAGUUGUGACAACUUGUCAGAUGAAAAUGUUGAUGUAAAGCUCCCCAGGUGGUAACACAAAGGUUAGCGAUUGAUUGUACACUAUAUAGUCUUGUUUAUCACAGUUGAUUGUACAUUGUUGUCAAUGCAAUCAAUCGUUUAAAAAGAGAAAAGAAAAAAAUGUUGUACGGUGAUUGAUAGACUAUGUGUUACGGCCCCUGAUAGCGUUUUUCUUUUAUUAUCGAAUACACUGUAAAAAAAUAUCGGAUAAAAUUUUAACCAGCACGAGGUUAAUUAUGUGUCUUACCAAUUUGGGGUAGUAUUUUACCCAAUGCGGGAAGCAUAUUGUCCAGUAAGGUUAAAAAUAAGCAGCAAUUACUUUAGGAUGGGCAAAAUUUUCAUCAUACUGGAUGAAUAGAAAUACCGAAAGGAACGCCCAAUGUUGGUAGGACACAAAGUUACCCUCAUGUGUAGUUAAAAUCUCCUCCAAUAAAUCGAGGUAAAAAUCUAACUGGAAGGUGAAAGUGUGUCAAAAUUGAAAAAGGAGAAAUUCCAGUAGUUGCAGUAAACAUUGAUUUCAUAAGAAAGUCUGUAAAACAAGGCUUAAUUGUCAGUAUAUCAUCGAGGAUCUACAUCUGGUACAAUUACUGAACUUCGUGAAAUCUUGAAAUCUACGCUGAAAAAUGUUCAGACUGAAGAUCCCCAACACAGAUAAGCGCACGUGGGACGGUGUAUAAUUAUUGCUUUGAAUGUCGUGCCCGACGCUCUACCCGAAUCCUGUGCUUAUUUGCUGAUUUCUCAGCAAUUACACAAUUUCUUUCAGAAUCCUUUGGCACAUACGUUUUAUUUAUACAAAUAGACACUUUGGUGGUCAUUUCAUUGGAUUCUGUACGAACUCAUUUUGAUAUCGCUACCAAAACUAGCAUUUACCUUGAGUGCACAUGGAUUAGAAAAUGAAAACUAAUAAAAAGUGGUCGGUUAUCGGCUAUCAUGAUAGCGAUCUCGUUUUGAAAUUGGUUUUAAAAUUUCAUGUUUUUUAAUAGUCAAAGUAACCUUUCAAAUCAAAUUACUUUACCUCACGUUAACUCGAUCCUGUGUGAAAUUGACUAUAGAAAUAAGAGUGAAGAUAUGGGAUUAGAUUAGAUCCACAUUGUUUAGAGUAAUCGUAUCAGGUCUGCUUUUGAAAAAAGUGCAUGUGUUGCCUUAACAAGUCACAUUUUGUUGUAUAUAAAUUUAUUCCAUAUAAUAUUUCGUCAUAUCUUUUUUUUUUACUCUGAAGUUGCGAACGUUAUAAGCAUCCUGCACCAAUUGUUUCAUCGAAGAUCAUACUGUUUCACAUUCCUCAUUAAUGUUAUAUAAGGCUUCUUUUAAAUACGUAAAAGGAUAGUUUAUAAUUAUCAUUAUUAUUAUUAUAAAUUUUGCAAUUAUUCAGUAGAUGAUAAGCAGUGUGCGAAUGAUAAUGGCAGUUGAUGUAUUUGUAAGCAAUAUUUGACAAAUCAAAAUUAAUUUUGUUCCAUUACUGUAUGUUUUUGCAUCGUUUUUUACAUCUGUUUUAGCCAAUCUCUUUUCAGUGACGUGACUAAUUUAUGCAGCAAUCGCACACAAAAAAAGUUGAUAGCUCGUCAAAGAAAAAUGUUCAAUUAUUGUAUGUGUGUGUAUGAUUAUGAUGUUGUUCAAAAUGCAACUGUGUAAAAAAUAAAUAAAUAAAAAGAUGUGUAAAAUUCGAUGAUAUUUGAUAUUUCACGUUGUAGCAUAAUUUUAUUAUUUAUAUAAUUGAAGAUAAUGAAGUUCCUGCAAUACAUAAAAUAAAAUCAUCAUGUUUUGGCA